AUGAGUGUUGUAUCCCAGUCUGCCCAGUGCAACGAGGAAGUGGACUCUGUGACUGAGAGUCAGAAAAGCAAGGCUCAACACAUUAGGAACACCAUCACAUCAACUCCCAGCAGCUCCUCCUCCUCAUUGCAGACUCAGGAUGGUUCACGUGUACAGAGUGACAUUGAACCACCACGCCCCCUGCUGGAAGACUGCAGAACAGAGCAGCUACAAGACAUUGAUGAGUGUGAGAGAUCUGAGAAAGUGUGCGAUCCUCUAUCAGAUUAUAUUAAUGAAUGCCUUGACACAAACAUCUGCGGCGAUCAUGGGGACUGUGCUAACGACCCUGGAAGUUACAUGUGUGAAUGCGAUAAAGGCUUCGACAAUGAACCUGACCCUAAGGCUGUUUGCCAAGAUAUUGACGAGUGUGUUGAAAAUGUCACCAUCUGUGGUCCUCUCAGCAACUGCACAAACCAAAUCGGAUCUCACAACUGCACUUGCGAUCCUGGUUAUCGGGGGAGAAACGCAGACAGGAUAGCAAGCAUUGCUAACCCAUGCACAGAUCUUCAGGAUAUUUUGGAUGAGAUAAACCCCCCAGAGACUGUGACAAACUGCUUCUCAGCAGCCAUGGAAGUGUCAGGUGUUGGACCCCGCAUCAAAUUGAGUAAUGUGAGUAGUGAAGGAGACGGGGAAACCGGCAGUUUUAUCCUGAAACUCUCAGACAGUUUACUGUCUGCAGUAGUGGAGCAGGGUCAGAACCAAACAGAAAGAACUGUGACGACUCCUACCGUGGACUUAAGUGUCAGAACCAUUCUGCCUGGAAGCCAAAAUUCAGAGACCUCUGCUCUCUCAGCAAAUGGAAACACCAUGGAGAUCAACCUGGAAGAUAUGGCCAAAAAUAACAAUGGUUCUGCAGCAGCUGCCUUCAUGAUAUUAAAGGGGAUGGAGAGUCUCCUCAGUCAUCAAUACUUUGAAACAGAAAACUUGACAGAGAUGAACUCGGAUGUCAUCACAGCAGUCCUGCCCUUUAUGAAUAACACCAACCUAACAGAGCCUGUCAACUUUACCAUCUAUCACAAGAAGAUAGUACCAGAAAAUGGUCUGGUGACCUGUGUGUACUGGGAGGACAAAACAGAGGAGAAGGAGGAAGGAAGAGAAGAAGGAGAGAAAAACAAGAUGAUGCGUUGGUCAGUGGAGGGCUGCCAGGUUGCGUACACAAGUGAAAACUACACAGUGUGCAGCUGCUCUCAUCUCUCCACAUUUGCCCUCAUCAUGCAGAUAGGAGAGCCUCCACCAGAGAAUCCUUUCCUUGAUUGGCUGAACCGGAUUUGUGUGAUUGUUGGACUUUUCUUCUUUGGUUUGGCUAUCUUCACCUUCCUCUUGUGUAGCUGGAACCCCAAGAUCAACAACACAGCCCGUCUUCACCUCUGCAUCAACCUUGCCUUGUCUCACCUGCUGCUGCUGUGGAAUGACAGAUACACUGACCAUGAGCUGGCCUGCACUGUCAUGGCAGGCCUUCUCCACUUCUUAGUCGUUGCAAGUUUUGUGUGGAUGCUGCUGGAAGCUCUGCAGCUUCACCUGUUGGUGCGAAGGCUCUCCAAGGUGCAGGUCAUCCAGAGAGACGGCCUUCCUAAGCCCCUUCUCUACAUGAUUGGCUACGGAGUUCCGUUUGUGAUUGUUGGUACUUCUGCACUGAUAUAUUCUGAUGGGUAUGGUGCCACGGAGGCAGAAGUGUGCUGGCUUUCAAGAAAGCGCAGUUUCAACUGGGCUUUGACUGGCCCUGUGAUUGCCGUCAUUGGACUUAAUUGGAUAUUGUUCUGUGCUACUCUUUGGAGUCUGAAACCCACCUUGGUCAACAUGAAAAGUGGUGUUUCUCAGUCCAAAGAAAUCAGGUUGGUUGUUUUCAAGAUCUUGGCUCAGUUUGUCAUAUUGGGUUGCACGUGGAUCCUGGGCCUGUACCAGACAAAUCUUUUCUUCCAGGUCCUCUUCAUAUUUCUUAACUCCCAACAAGGCACCUUCCUCUUCAUCGUCCACUGUGUGCUCAAUAAAGAGGUACGACAAGUUUAUUGUCUUUCUGAUAAGCUUUGA